CUCUCGUUAUAGGCUGCAUGCCACAAAUCCUCGACCACAAGAAACAAAGGAAGAGGGCGAAAAAAGGGCUAUUCUGUUUUUGUGCUGUUGUUUCCUUCUUGGACAAGCCAUCCUCGCUCGAUUGACAGCCCUAACCGCCUCACCCUCAUUAUCGAUGAGGACCUGAGACGCUUCUCUUGCUCCCACCGGUCCACCCUGCCAUAAAGUCAGGUCAUUGUGGUGCCAACAACUUGGCAUCUCCCAGCUGUGCAAUAGCACACUUUUGCACCAGGGGUACGCUGCCUGCCCAGACCGUGAUCUCUAAUCUUUGUGCCAUCGCCUUCUUGUCUUGUUUCCACUCCUUGAUGGAUCCAUAACCACCACAUCCCUUGCAAUGGGGCAGAUCCCCUCUGCCACUGCUACCUCUCUCGUUUAAUCUCUUCCGAACCUCCCUUGACGUCCCGACUCUGUCUCUCUGAACUGACCUUGUUUUGUUCGUCCUUCCCCCCCUUUUAUUUCUUUCUUGCACUAAUUAAUCAUCACUUCACCGUUGGGAAACAAGCCAGCGGAGGUUUAUCUUGUGCUCAUCCAUCUAAUUCUUUCUACCCUUCUACGGGCAGGACCCCCUAUUUCAAUUCUUCAUCCUUGACGGAAACCCUUUUCGACUCAACAUCGAGCAACCUCGCUCCUUUGUUCGCCCUGUCUCCAUCCUCCAGCCUGCGGCGAACGGAUACGACAUCAAACCGACACUCGUUUCCAAGGGUUUCUGGAGAACUUCGAACCCCAACCGCCGGACGGGACCAUUCGAGAACCGUGGGAAGGGGACUUUUUCUAAGGAAUCGACUUUCAGGGGCAGACAUCGAAUACCGAAUCCGAUCGAUUAAACGAUAUCGCACCGGCGACGACUUGGACUUGUGAAUAACUCGAGUCUUUUUUUCCAGAAACGACAUCAAUAUGUUUUGGCGAACCGUCUUGUCGGCCUCCAUGCUGGCGGCCAGUGCGCAGGCUGGCUACGAGGCCAUGUCGAUUGAGAACCUGCUGCCCCGGGACCUGGAGAGGAGGGUCGAGUACUUUGGCGAGAACCAGGACCAACCGGCGCACAUCAUCACCAAGAGGCAGACUGGUGGUGUUGUUAUGAACUCCAACGGCACCAUCAACAUGACGGCUUGGGACACGCUGGCGAACGAGAAGUGCACACAGGCCCUGCUUAAGCUGCCCGCAGCCACCAACCCUACUGGCGCCUGCGUAUGCUACAACCUGCCGGCCCUGAACAACAUCACCGGCACCUUCGAGGCCGACCUGAGGCUGUACCAAUUGACCGCACCGUCGGGAGACUUUGCGGGCGUCCCGCAGAGCAAUAUCCAGGUCAGCCUGGCGUACCAGGGUGCAUCGGUGGCUCCGAUCCAGUCGUCUCAGGCGACGCAAAGGGUCUCGAAGGGUCAGGAUGGACAAAGGCAACUUAGGUUGCUGCAGACAUACAUGUUUGCCGGCCAGAUCGACAAGAACAGGAUGGACGCGCAGAUGAACAUGGCUGCGAUUGAAGCACUCGUCAUGCCGGUCGUGACGCUCUCGGCCGUCAACCCGACUGGCCAGACCGUUAGCACCAACGUCUCGUCCAACGAGGCCGCUUUUGUCGCCGGCGUCUUCUCCGAGAGCACCGUUAUGUCCGAGUUCGGUGUCGCCAACAUGGCCGUCGACAAGUCGCUCGAGAUGCUCGCUAACGGCACCAUUGCUUUCGUCCUGCCGGGAGUCUCCAUCAUGAUCUUCCCCGUCGGUCUGAUUGUCACCAGCAUCUGGACAGUCGGACUCUGCGGUGCCAUUGCCUUUGGCACGUUCAACCGCAUCGGGUUCCGUGAGCAGUUCAGGAGGCGGACACAGUACGCCGGCAAGACCAACAUGGGUCGGAUAUGAUAGUGUGCGACUCCUUGCGAGAAAAAAAAAAGAAAAAAAAUCAAAUAUUGGAAUAGUGUAGAUGGGGAAAGAUGAACAACCAUUAUAGACCUUUUCCUGCCGGACUCCUUCCCAAGCCUACGCUUUUCAAGGAUCGACAAGAGCCUUUUUGUGCAACAACCAAACGAACAUAAAUCCACGUCUGCAUUGCCGGAGAGGAGCGAAAACACCCUACAUGGCGCUCUCAAUUCAAUUGUCCCAUAAAGCGGCACCAUCGAAGAUGACGAGGUGAGGUUGAGUCGGAAUAAAAAUCUGACCAACCCCCCGCGAGUUCUGUUCUUUGUUAUUAUUAUUUUUUUGAGUUUUUCUAUGUCUUGGGUUUGCGUGACUCGGUAUCAUUGGGAGCGUGUGGCAUCUGUCUUUUAUUUUCUUAUCCUUUAUCAUCUAGUCGACCAUCGUCGCCCCUUUUUUUUCGAAAAAAAUUCACCCAAAGCCAGCGCUGCUUUCUCCGGUUUUCGGCAAAAAUAUUUGUUUGUCUUGGGAAGGCCAUACCUACCGUUUUUACUCUCUCCUAUUUUUCUUUUAUAUACAAGUUGAGACUCAUAGCUAUGGUUUACAUAUUGUCGUAUAUAUCUUCGAUUCCUUGGUAGAUUGAUUGCGUUCGUUUAACCUAUAAUAGUUGUGAUUAAAUGUGAUUGUUGCGGCACAGUUGCUGGUGGUGGCCUUCCC